GAAUGGAAAGGGCAGAGCAGUGCCUUGGACACAGAGCCCACCACCCACAGCCCCUUGGAUUCUGGGAAGUGCUCCUGCAUGAGAGGCCACCUAGCUCAAGAGGAGGAAAGACAGCAGAGUCCAGGUGCUUUGCUGGAGCUGAAGGUCUCCUCAGAGUGAGGUCAUCACAGCUAGAAGAGAUAUGGAUGUGUCCUCUGUGCUUCCCUGCAAGGGGUGUAUCCUGCUCACAGCCUCCCUCUUAACCUGCUGGCUCCUGCCCACCACUACCCAAGUCGACAUCGAAUCCUUACCACCCCAAGUGGUUGAAGGAGAAAAUGUUCUUCUACGGGUUGACAAUCUGCCAGAGAAUCUUCUAGGCUUUAUCUGGUACAAAGGGGUGACAGACAUGAGCCUCGGAAUUGCACUGUAUUCACUGACCUAUAGCAGAGGUGUGACGGGACCUGUGCACAGUGGUAGAGAGACAUUGUACCGAAAUGGGUCCCUGUGGAUUCAAAAUGUCACCCAGGAGGACACAGGAUUCUACACCCUACGAACCAUAAGUAAACGUGGAGAAAUUAUAUCAAAUACAUCCAUGCACCUUCAUGUGUACUCCUCCAUUUUGACCUGUGGACGCCCUCCCACCUCUGCUCAGCUCAGUAUUGAAUCAGUGCCGCCCAGUGUUGCUAAAGGAGAAAGUGUUCUUCUUCUUGCUCGAAAUCUUCCAGAGAAUCUUCGAGCCAUUUUCUGGUACAAAGGGGCGAUUGUGUUCAAGAAUCUCGAGGUUGCCAGAUAUGUAAUAGCCAAGAAUUCAAGUGUGUUGGGCCCUGCUCACAGCGGUAGAGAGAUAAUGUAUAGUAAUGGAUCCCUCGUGCUUCAGAAUGUCACUCGGAAUGAUGCCGGAUUCUACACCUUACGAACUCUGAGUACAGAUCUGAAAGCUGAAGUAGCGCAUGUGCAACUCCAGGUGGACACCUGUCUUUCAAUCUACGAGAACCCUCCUACCUCUGCCCAGCUCACUGUUGAAUCAGCACCGACCAGUGUUGCUGAAGGGGAAAGUGUUCUUCUACUUGUUCACAAUCUCCCAGAGAAUCUCCGAGCCGUUUUCUGGUACAAAGGGGCGAUUGUGUUCAAGGACCUUGAGGUUGCACGGUAUGUAAUAGCCAAGAAUUCAAGUGUUCCGGGCCCUGCCCACAGCCGUAGAGAGACAGUGUACAGCAAUGGAUCCCUCCUGAUUCAGAAUGUCACUCGGAAUGAUGCCGGAUUCUACACCUUACGAACUCUGAGUACAGAUCUGAAAGCUGAAGUAGCGCAUGUGCAACUCCAGGUGGACACCUCCUUUUCCACGUGCUGUGACCCUCUCGCCUCUGCCCCACUCACGAUCGAUCCAGUUCCACAGCAGGCUGCUAAAGGAGAAAAUGUUCUCCUCCAAGUUCACAAUCUGCCAGAAGAUCUGCGAAUGUUUUCCUGGUUCAAAUCCAUGUAUAGCACCCAGAUCUUUAAAAUAGCAGAGUACAGCAGAGCCUUUAAUUCUGUCAUCAGGGGCCCUGCACACAGCAGAAGAGAGAUAGUGUAUACCAAUGGAUCCCUGCUGCUCCAGGAUGCCACCGAGAAAGACACAGGCAUGUACACACUACAAACGGUAGACAGAAAUUUCAAAAUUGAAACAGCACAUGUGAAAAUCCAGAUAAAUGCCUGUAUUCACCCUUCUGCCACUGGCCAGCUCGUUAUUGAAUCAGUGCCACCCAAUGUUGUUGAAGGGAGAGAUGUUCUCCUACUUGUUCAUAAUAUGCCAGAAAACCUUCGAUCCUUUUCCUGGUACAAAGGCGUAGCCAUUGUCAGCAAACAUGAAAUUUCACGGAAUAUAAUAACUAGUAAUAGAAGUGUGCUGGGGCCUGCACACAGUGGUAGAGAGACAGUGUAUUCCAAUGGAUCUCUUCUGCUCCACAAUGCCACCCAGAAGGACACUGGAUUAUACACCUUAUUAACCUUAAACAGACGGUUUGAAACUCAAGGAAUACAUGUGCACAUCCACAUAUACAAGCCUGUGGUGCAGCCCUUCAUGAGAGUCACGGACACCACAGUCAGAGUGCAGAGCUCUGUGGUCCUCACCUGCCUCUCAGCUGACACUGGAAUCUCCACCCAGUGGCUCUUCAACAACCAGAAUCUGCGGCUCACAGAGAGGAUGAUGUUGUCCCCAUCAAAGUGCCAACUCAGAAUAGAUCCUGUCAGGAGGGAAGAUGCUGGAGAGUAUCGGUGUGAAGUCUCAAACCCAGUCAGUUCAAAGACCAGUCUCCCAGUCAGCCUGACUGUGGUGAUUGAGUGACCUCUCCUCCUGUCCUCUAGCAGAGUGGGGGCAUUGAUUUAUCAAUGGGUACAAAAUGGAGCAGAGUUAUGUGGUGAAAAUUGUCAGUUACUACUCAGGUACAGCCAGCAUGGUGAGUCACAUCUGUAUUCCUGGGAUAAACAUGUGCAAGGGCAGGCCAGAUCAUAGAGACUUGGUUUCCAAAAAGAGAAAGCAUCAAUAUAGUAAACAGUAUUGCAGUGGUGUUAAGCAUUAGGUUGUGGAUCAAAUACAGAGCCAAUCCUCAGAAUCCAUGGAAACUAAUUUCAGCAGCCACUAAUGUUCUAGAUGCUCCAAGUCUCCUGUUAACACGAUGCAGUAUAUUCAUAGAGAUAAAUGUGUCUUUCAUAUGCUUAAAUAUAUUUUGUGUAUAACUGAUUCACAUAGCACCAAUGCUGCCUGGACACCGGUCAUUCAUGUGAAGGGAGGACAAAUAACAGGAGAAGGGACUGACCUUUCCCGGUGGACAUAACUUGUGUCUAAAUAGUUUUUACCCACAGUUUGAUGCACAGAUGUAGCAUCCAUAGCAGAGACCCAAUUGGACUCUGUAUCCUGACAGUAGUGUUCAUAAGAUUCUUUUUCCUGUUUCUCUCUCUCUCUCUCUCUCUCUCUCUCUCUCUCUCUCUCUCCUCCCCCUCCCUUCUUCCCUCCCUCCCUCCCUCCCUUCCUCCCUCCCUUCCUUUCUUUUUUUUUUUUUUUUUUUUUUUUGGUGGGGCAUAUAUAGGAUUUCCCACUUUGGGAAUUUUGAAGCACAAAAUCAACCUGAAGCACAUUCAUACUGUCAUGUGAUUGUAAACAUUGUCUACUCUCAAAGUGUUUUUAAACUCAUUCCAUUCCCCCUAGCCCUGUGUAACCCCAUCUACUGGUGUCUCUAUGCAUGUGACAAAACAGGGUAUCUAAUUUUUGUGUGUGUCAAUAUUAGUUUUCAGAAGUACAGCUCAGUUGGAUGUAUUUGCUCACCAGUUUCAGAGACUUCUGUAGAAUCUUUAGGGUUUUCUCCAAAUUAAUAAAUUUGUUGCAUCUGUAGACAUAUCUUACAGUCAAUUGAUUGGCCACCAUUUGUCUCUUUGUGUUGCCUAAUUGUUCUGUCUAUGGCUCCUAAGGGAUUACUGAGCAGAUGUCACAGCAGCAUCCUUGAUUUUUGUUUUAGAGGGAAAGCUGUCAGUGUCUGCACUGAAUACUGGGUUGGCUGUGUGUCGGUCUCCACAUGCGUCCUUACUUAACUGGUCCAGACUUCCGUCUAUAAUUGCCUACUUUCAUCACUAAAAACUGUUCACUUUACCUACCUGGUGGUCCUUUAAUCCCAGCACUCAGGAGACAGAGGCAGGCAGAUUUUGGUGAGUUCAAGGCUAGCCUGGUCUACAGUUCCUGUUCUAAGUUCCAGGACAGCUAGAGCUACACAGAGAAACCUUGUCUUGAAAAACAAAACAAAACAAAACAAAACAAAACAAAACAAAAUUCAUUUCACUUUUGUUAAAUGUCUUCAUCGAUUUUGUUUUAUUGGUUACACCUGGCAUAAGUUUUGUGUCUCCUCAUGCUUCCAUCUCUGAAGAUUCUGGGCUUCUAGGAAUGUGCCUGUUUCAUCUAGGUUACUCAACAGUUAGUGCAUAACUAUUGCGUCCUCAUGGAACUUUUGGAAUUCUGAAGGACGGACAGUAAAGUCUCAAAUUUCACUUCUAGAAUUAAUAAUAUUAAUGCAUUAAAAAAGUUAAUUUAA